AUGGCAGCACCACAGGGAUGGGAAGAGCACAUUGCCGCACUGGAAGGAAUCAUUCAUAGGCAGGAUGAAGAACUUCGUCAGCUGAGACGUCAACCGGAGCCGCCAGUCCAAAUAAGGCAAGAUGCGGAAAAUGGAGACCCACCAGCUGCAGUGGUAUAUCCUGCUACAGAGGCUAGACAUGAGUUGUUAGCAGAGAGAUUUCGAAAACAACACCCACCUGAGUUUGAGGGAGGCAUAGACCCGGUAGUGGCUGAGGAGUGGAUAAGUCGCAUAGAAAGCAUUUUGCAGAUGCUAAGGGUGGAUGGGAAUGACCGAGUGAAGUGUGCAUCUUACAUGCUGAGGAAAGAUGCUCGUAUCUGGUGGGAGGUGGUGGAACAAACAAAGGAUGUAGAUACCAUGAACUGGGACGAUUUCAAAAGGGUCUUUAAUGAGAAGUAUUAUAACUCAGCAGUUCUAGCAGCAAAGGUCGAUGAAUUUACUGGGUUAGUCCAAGGGAGUCUUACUGUGACUGAGUAUGCACAAAAAUUUGAUAGAUUGGCGAAAUUUGCUCCAGAUCUGGUGCCUACUGAUAGAGUGCGAGCACAUCGAUUUGUGGAAGGCCUGAAACCAAUGGUUGCUCGAGAUGUGGAAAUUGUGUUAAGGGGUCAAUUCAGUUAUGCUCAAGUUGUCGAAAUGGCUCUUACGGCGGAGCGGAGUGAAAACAAAAUUUGGAAGGAAAAUGCUGCCAGGAGAGAAUCGAAGAAAGGUGGAGCCAAUUCUAAUGACCACAAGAAACGAGGACAGGACCAGUCCGGGCAGCCAAGUCAAGACAAGAGGUACAAAAGUGAUAACGACCAACGAUUUAAUGGCAGCAGUGGGCGAAACAUUCCAGAAUGCCCUAAAUGUACCAAACGUCAUCUCGGCGAGUGUCGCGCAAAAGCAUGCUACAAAUGUGGAAAAGAAGGACACAUCAAACGCAAUUGCCCACUGUGGGGACAGACUGGGAACAGAGCAGAACCCAAGAAAGAUGACAAGUAUGUUCCAGCCAGAGUUUUUGCCAUCACUCAAGCAGAAGCUGAGGCCAGUCCUUCGGUUGUAUCAGGUAAGGGUAAGGCUAAGCAGUGAGAAUGAAGAGCUCGAGGCGUGGACCGCAUGUUAGGGGGCUGGCACAGUAUUUUGCUUUUAAUGUUUUUUUUUACUG